AUGAUGAAUUUGACUUUAUUUGUUAGCUUCUUUGUGUUAGGAGUUAUUGGAUGGGUUAUUUACAAAAUCUUUAUUUGGCCAUUUUAUAUAUCUCCUUUGAGAAAGAUCCCUGGUCCACCAUCCGAAAAUCCAAUUACCGGAAAUUUUAAAGAACUUACGACAGAAGAGUCUGGUUUUAGUGAACCACAACAUAGAUGGGUUAAAAAAUAUGGAAAUAUUGUAAAAUACCAUGGAUUAUUUAAUGAACCAACCCUUUAUAUCGCUGAUUCAAAAAUAAUCCAAGGAAUGACGUUAAGCAACACCUAUAAUUUUGUUAAACCUUUUAAUGCAUCUGCUCUUGCAAUUGCCGGUAUAGGUCUUUUUUUCGCGGAAGGUGAAAAUCAUAGGAGGCAAAGAAAAAUGAUGAAUCCAGCUUUCACUUACAGUAACGUCAAAGAAAUGGCACCAGCAUUUGUUCGUAUAACUUUAAUCUUAAAAGGUUUAAUCGAAAAUGAAGUAAAACUAGGAAAAUCUAACAUCAACCUUUCACCUUACCUCUCAAAAACUACUUUGGAUAUGAUUGGCAUAGUAGGAUUUAGCUAUGAAUUUAAUUCAUUAACAUCUUCAAAUGAAUUAGCAGCAGCUUAUGAAUCUGUUUUUAAUUUACCAGCGUCUAACUUGCGCAUUGCCAUAAGUCUUUUAGCAAAUUAUGUUCCACUUGUUAGACAAAUUCCAGUAGAUAUAAAUAAGAAAUUUAAAAAUGCGUGUGCAAUUAUUGAACGCGUGUCAAAGAAAUUAACUGAAGAAAAAUAUAAUGAAGCUAAAUAUGGUGAAUUGAAAGGAAAGGAUCUAUUAUCUUUGUUAAUCAAUAUCAAUAAAACAUUACCCGAUGAAGAAAAAAUAAAUGACACCGAAUUGAAGCAUCAGAUUAUGACAUUCUUAAUAGCAGGACAUGAAACGACAAAUGUUACAACUUGCUGGGCUUUACAUUUACUCGCACAACAUCCACAUGAGCAAGACUUAUUACGUGAGGAAUUAGUUAAAGCUUUUCCUGAUAAAUCAAAUUUCAAUCCUACAUAUGAUGAAAUUAAUUCUCUGGAGUAUUUAAAUUGCGUAACUAAAGAAACCUUAAGAUUGAACCCUCCAUUACCGACUAUUACACGAACUAAUCUUAAAGAUGAAAAUACUCCAAUAUUUAUUGGAGUUUCGGCACUUCAUAAAUCAACUGAAAUUUGGGGUCCAACAGCUGAUAAGUAUAAUCCAAAAAGAUGGCUAGAUCCUUCCUCAAUAAAAGAUGUAACAAAUCUAAAUUAUAUGCCUUUCUUUAAUGGUGCAAGAGGUUGUAUAGGCAGUAAAGUAGCCUUAGUUGAAAUUAAAAUAUUGUUAGGCAUGUUAAUUAGGAAUUUCGUUUUUCAACCAAUUGAAGGGCUUCACAUUAGAAGAAAAGUAUUUCCUACACCUAAACCUGAACCAUAUCUUGGAUUAGCUGUAUCUAUAGUUGAAUCUUAA